CCCAGCUGUGUGUCCAUGAAGAGUGACCAUUCAAUGGAGCCUCCUCUUAUUUUCAAAGGACAAUUGAGGAUCCGUCAGCAGAGACCAGACUCUCCUGGACCUGGACCUGGACCUGGAAGUGAACGUGGACCUGCACCAAGCCGUAAGUCAGUGAAGGAUCUCCAGUUGAUGUUUGAAACUUCUGAGGUCAAAAGUGGACACCACUCUGCUGAUCAACGGAUCCAUCACCAGAGACCAGGCCCUCCUGAACCCAGCGGUAUGUCCAUGAAGAGCGACUGGUCUAUGGAUCUCCAUGUUGACUUCAAAGCUGGACAUAACCGCGCUGAACAAAAAGUUGAUCAGCAGAGCUUAAAGGUUCCCAGUGGUCAGUCUGCCCGGCAGCAUCAAACAGACCUGGACUCCAUAUUUAUGCUGCUCCAGGAAAACAUUAUCAGUUUUGUGAAGAACGAGGUGAAGAAGUUCCAGAGAGUUCUGAGUCCAGAUUACUCAGAAUUCUUAGAGAGUCAGAGGGAGGAGGAGGAGGUGUUGGACUGUGAGGAGGAGGAGCAGAGGAGGAGCAGCAGAGAGGCAUUUCUGAAGAUCACACUGCACUUCCUGAGGAGAAUGAAGCAGGAGGAGCUGGCUGAGCGUCUGCAGAGCAGUCUUCAUUCAGGAACUGCUGCAGUGUGCCGACGUAAACUCAAGUCUAACCUGAAGAAGAAGUUCCAGUGUGUGUUUGAGGGGAUUGCUAAAGCAGGAAACCCAACCCUUCUGAACCAGAUCUACACAGAGCUCUACAUCACAGAGGGAGGGACUGCAGAGGUCAAUGAUGAACAUGAGGUCAGACAGAUUGAAACAGCAUCCAGGAAACCAGACAGACCAGAAACAACCAUCAGACAAGAAGACAUCUUUAAAGCCUCACCUGGAAGAGAUGAACCAAUCAGAACAGUGAUGACAAAGGGAGUGGCUGGCAUUGGGAAAACAGUCUUAACACAGAAGUUCACUCUGGACUGGGCUGAAGACAAAGCCAACCAGGACAUACAGUUCACAUUUCCAUUCACUUUCAGAGAGCUGAAUGUGCUGAAAGAGAAAAAGUACAGCUUGGUGGAACUUGUUCAUCACUUCUUUCCUGAAACCAAAGAAGCAGGAAUCUGCAGCUUUGAAGAGUUCCAGGUUGUGUUCAUCUUUGACGGUCUGGAUGAGUGUCGACUUCCUCUGGACUUCCACAACAAUGAGGUCCUGACUGAUGUUACAGAGUCCACCUCAGUGGAUGUGCUGCUGACAAACCUCAUCAGGGGGAAACUGCUUCCUUCUGCUCGCCUCUGGAUAACCACACGACCUGCAGCAGCCAAUCAGAUCCCUCCUGAGUGUGUUGACAUGGUGACAGAGGUCAGAGGGUUCACUGACCCACAGAAGGAGGAGUACUUCAGGAAGAGGUUCAGAGAUGAGGAGCAGGCCAGCAGAAUCAUCUCCCACAUCAAGACAUCACAAAGCCUCCACAUCAUGUGCCACAUCCCAGUCUUCUGCUGGAUCACUGCUGCAGUUCUGGAGGAGGUGUUGAAGACCAGAGAGGGAGGAGAUCUGCCCAAGACCCUGACUGAGAUGUACAUCCACUUCCUGGUGGUUCAGUCCAAACUGAAGAACAUCAAGUAUGAUGGAGGAGCUGAGACAGAUCCACACUGGAAUAAAAAGAGCAGGAAGAUGAUUGUGUCUCUGGGAAAACUGGCUUUUGAGCAGCUGCAGAAAGGCAACCUGAUCUUCUAUGAAUCAGACCUGAAAGAGUGUGGCAUCGAUAUCAGAGCAGCCUCAGUGUACUCAGGAGUGUUCACACAGAUCUUUAAAGAGGAGAGAGGGCUGUACCAGGACAAGGUGUUCUGCUUCGUCCAUCUGAGCGUUCAGGAGUUUCUGGCUGCUCUUCAUGUCCAUCUGACCUUCAUCAACUCUGGUGUCAAUCUGCUGUCAGAAGAACAAUCAACAUCCCAUCUGUCAAAAGUAUUCAGAGACAAACUUAAACUAACACAUCUCUACCAGAGUGCUGUGGACAAGGCCUUACAGAGUCCAAAUGGACAUCUGGACUUGUUCCUCCGCUUCCUCCUGGGUCUUUCACUGCAGACCAAUCAGAGUCUCCUACGAGGUCUGCUGACACAGACAGGAAGUAGCUCACAGACAUAUAAGAAGAUAGUUGAGUACAUCAAGAAGAAGAUCACUGAGAAUCUGUCUCCAGAGAGAAGCAUCAAUCUGUUCCACUGUCUGAAUGAACUGAAUGAUCGUUCUCUAGUGGAGCAGAUCCAACAGUACCUUAGUUCAGGAAGUCUCUCCACAGAUAAACUCUCUCCUGCUCAGUGGUCAGCUCUGGGCUUCAUCUUACUGUCAUCAGAAGAAGAUCUAGAUGUGUUUGAUCUGAAGAAAUACUCUGCUUCAGAGGAGGCUCUUCUGAGGCUACUGCCAGUGGUCAAAGCCUCCAACAAAGCUCUACUAAGUGGCUGUAACCUCUCAGAGAGAAGCUGUGAAGCUCUGUCCUCAGUUCUCGACUCUCAGUCCUCUAGUUUAAGAGAGCUGGACCUGAGUAACAACAAUCUACAGGAUUCAGGAGUGAAACUGCUGUCUGCUGGACUGGGAAGUCCUCACUGUAAAUUGGAAACUCUCAGGUCAGAAUUAAGCUCAUUGUUUAGUGUCACACUGGCUUUGCAGAGCAAUUUACCUCAAGCAAUUUUCAGUUUCAUAAAAACAGAAGUCUCCCCUUGUCUUAAAUCACUGUACUACAAAACAAGAAAAAAUCUUAUUAAAUUUUCAUAUAGACCUACUACUGGGUCAGCACCAUCUACCUAA